CAGCGCCAAGUAUAAAUGACGGAAAUUUCCUGUAACGGCGCAUAGUGCAUUCUACAACAGCGUGCGAUCGCUUUCAAAUUGAGCGAAAGUCCGUGAACGACAAAAUGUCAAAAAUAAUCUGGUUAUUUGUGUGCGUAAUUUCUUUGCAUUUUGCAAUUAGUUUGCCAACUGCAGAAACUCAAAGUGCUCUCAAGGACAGCAGCAGCACCGAGCACAAUGCGCUGGCGCCAGCGAAAGGCAAAGAUGCACCAAAACCGCUGACCUUGGAAGAGCAAAACUUGAUAACACGUGAACGCAAACGCCUCUCAGCUAUGAUAAUCGAAGGCGACAAGAAGCACCAGCAGUUUCUUUUGAAAGCCAGUAAUAAAAUUGCGAAAAACAUACUUGCCGACCCUGCCAUCAGUAGAAUAGGCACCACCGAAGGCAAGCAGGAACGGGCCGUGCUUGAGGCAUAUGUCCAGGAUUCGGAUGAUAUUCUUAACGCUACAGCCGAUAAAUGCAUUAAAGUGCUUAAAGACUUCUUCACUUUUACCAAUAGACACUAUUCAAUCAAAUAUAAUCCUAUGUAUGCAGAUGAUAUUUGGUAUAAAGCUUUGAAGACACAUGGUAUGGAUCAGCUCGAGUCUGAAGAAGCGAAAAUAUUGAACGAAAUCGGUUGUCAGUACGCAGAUGAAUUCGAAAAGUACCUGAAGUCGCUUUCGCCAGCAGGUCUCGAGAAAGAAAAGGAUUUAGUGUAUGUACAAGAGACCUUUUUGGAAAAUAAAGAUGUUUUGGAUAAGGCGAAUUAUGGUUAUCGUUAUGUCAGCUUUUUCAAGGAACAACAAGCGGAGGAUUAAAAGAAAAUAAUGUAUAAAGAAAGCUUGAAGCUUGCUAUAAAAUUAAGUUUUAACUGUAGUUAUUGCAUUUUAAAUGGUUUAUAUAAUAAAUAGUUAUAUUUUGAAUUUCUAAA